ACUGUCUCCCACCCGGCCCUCAAUAUCCCGGUCUCCUUGACUCGGCCCCGGCCAGGACUAGCAGGCCCACCAUGGCGGACCAGUACCAGUAUAACACCAACGAAGAGAAGAUUGUGAAAGACAGCCACACCAAGGAGAUUGAUCUGAUCAAUAGAGACCCCAAGCAGAUCAAUGAGGACGUGGUGAAGGUGGAGUUUGAAGAUGUGAUUGCAGAGCCUGAUGGCACACACAGUAUGGAUGGAGUGUGGAAGCUCAGCUACACCACCUUCACCGUGUCCAAAUACUGGUGUUACCGCAUCCUGUCCGCCAUCUUUGGUAUUCCUGUGGCUCUGCUCUGGGGCUUCCUGUUUGCCUGCAUCUCUUUCUGCCACAUCUGGGCUGUGGUUCCCUGCAUCAAGGGAUGUCUGAUCGAGUCACAGUGUGUCAGCCGCAUCUACACCCUCUGUAUCCAGACCUUCUUUGAUCCCCUCUUCGAGGCAUGUGGCAAGGUCUUCAGCCGCAUUCAAGUGGCCAUGCGCAAAGAAGUCUAAAAACUUACACCGCAGUGUUAAUAACAGGAUUGGAUAAAAUGUGGCAUCUUUUUUUAUACACCAGUGGAUCAGUCCUGGCAUCUUCUUUAUUUCCCAAAACACCUCCUCCCUUUUAUCAUUUGCUGCCCUGCACCCUCUGAUUCCCCAAGCUCAGAGCUCUGCCAAGCCUACCCUCUGAGCCCUGACAUGCCUGGUGUGCCUUGUGCUACCAGAGUCUCCGUGACAGCUGCAGAAUGCAGCGUGGUUUUGUGACAGCUCUGGCACUCCUGCAGGGCUCAGUGCUACUCAUUGUGGGAAACGAAGGCUGCCUGCCAUGAAGAGGAUCUGUCUGGCCUUAUUACAAAAUGCUCAGACAGCAGCUCCUCCUUUCACAUGAAACAAAAAAUGAACUCUCCAACACUGCUGCACCUGUGGACAAUGUUUCCUGUAUACAUUAUAUCUUGCCAAUUUUCAGUUUCCAUUGAUGCUGUAUGUUGCUGUGUCGGAUGUUGUUGUAGUUUACAAUGCAUAACUAUUUAACAUUACCAAAAAAAUCUUUUACUGAACAAAGGAUGUGUUUGAGAUACAUUUUCUGUGCUGACUUAUUUUUGAUUAAACACUAGGAAUAUUUUCAA